UGGCCUGUCGGCCUCAUUAGGUACCAUAGGCUUGUGCGGGUUUAGUGGGUUCGUCCUCAAUUGUUGACGUUUCACACCUACUGCCUAGUGCCUACUAGUUCCUCAAUCAGAAUUUUGUAGACAUUUGUGCUAGAAACUAAUUUCGGAAAUGACACAUCUAUUCAAAUCAGAAAAAGUACAAUACCUUUGUACGUGUGGGUCUUUGAAACCUCUAUGUCGCACAUACUUCUGUCGACAUUGUUUAGCUUUAAAGUGUGGAGAAUGUGUUUUCCAUGAGGUUGAUAUUCUCUACUGUUCAAACUGCUUGGAGAAUGUUCCACCCGGAGAAGCUCGUGUUAAAAAGAACCAGUGCAGUGAAUGUUUUGAAUGUCCUGUCUGUGAUCAACUGCUUCUUACAAGAGCAACAAACAUACAAAUCCCAAGUGCCGAGGAUUCAUCCAAAUUGGUACCCAAGAAAAUGUUUUAUCUUGUCUGUGGUUUUUGCAGAUGGACUACCAGAGAAGCCGGCUUGCCUGAUCAACCAUCUGCCACAGGAAGCUGGCCUGAUUCUGACAAUGUCAACAGCGUAAGAGUUGGAGCACUUUUGGAACAUUAUCGCAGUCUUGCACAGCUAGAUAAAUUUGAAAAAGAACAAAAAAGACAAUUGAAACGACGUAGCAAUUACCUAAGCUUUACUGCUGAUAAGUACAGUCUUAGUGCUUUGGCUGCAAGAAAACGGAGUGGAUUACCUUUUGCAGGUUCUCUAGGAAUGAAAAAAGAAACGCCUCAAAUUUACAAAGUAGAACCUGCCGUAGCAUCAGAGGAAACCGAUGAUGCCCUAGAUCCAGACAUUUUCACGAAAGUUCUGACGUUAUCUAAUGUGACGACUAUUGAUCAAAGGAUCCGGCAGCCAGAACGUCAGCCAGUUAAAUCUGAAGAUCUGAUUCCAAUUCAUAAGUUUUUGUCAGUAAGGAGAUCCCAACGUUGUCGUUUCUGUGAACAUAAUCUUAGCAAGCCAGAAUAUAAUCCUAGUUCCAUCAAAUUCAAGAUCCAUCUAGGAGCAUUCUACCAUGUGCCAGAUGUGAUUAUAUAUCGCCUAGCGCGCGAUGACAUGCAAUUGCGUCUUUGCAACCGUAGUCAGUAUCCAACCCACGUUCGGCUGUUGUCGCUUGACCAAUUUGCGUUAAUCGCUCAUUCCAAGAUUGAUGAACUAGAGCGCAGUUGUGGCGAGGCAGAAAAAGAAAAAAAAUCUGCCUCGUCAAUGGUUGGACAUGAACUCUGCGAAAGCCCUGCUACCCAAGCAGCCAAUUUGAAAAGUUGUUUAAGAAACGCUUUCAAAGAAAAAGUCAACGUUGUGCUUCAACUGCCGAAUGAACCAAUUCUCCUUCCUGCUAGGGACGACUUAGCAGAAUACGAGUUGACAGCGCCGCAGAACUUGAAAGAGGAUCCAAAAGCUGUCUUGUGGAGGAAAGGAAAUAAAGUCGUCAUUUCUGCGCCACUUACUGUCAUUGACGACGAAUUGGAAGACAAGCGCACUGGCUUUGUGUUUGAAUUUGGAGCUGUGCGUGCUGGAUUUGAAACUAAAGAAGUCCAGCCACAACCUACGAACGUCUACAUCCCGGUUUUCAUCUCCUUAGGGAAAAUAUAAAAUCGGCAACCAGCUAUUAAAUGUGCUUAAUAUAAAAUAUAAAAAAAGGGGCGCACUAUUACUAUUCAAAGAUACUGGCAAAAGGGUGCACUUCUUCCUAAUAAAUUUUAAUACCGGAGGCAACUAGUCUUCUUUUUUAGGCUAGUAUAAAUUAGUGGAAAGUUGUACAGCAUGGACUGACGUGAAUGAAGCAGCAGAAUGAUGUGGUAGGUAUGAAAAGGCGUUUAUGUGGGCAAGACAAAACGCGCUUGUUAUCCACUAGUUCCUUCUGGUUCAUUUGAAUUAUUGAAAAGAUGGUUUUAUUUACUCCUUCCAGAUGGCGUCAACACGUGGUUACUUCCGUUUUCGUCUGCUUUUGUCGAAGCAAACGCAGCGCACGGCACACGAGUUUUACCUUAACUUAUUUGAGUAACUUGACAAAUCUCGGGUUUAAAGCUACACAACUAUUUUCAGCUUUUUCCACAGGUUCAAGAAAUAAAAAAACUAGGAUGACAUCAGUAUCCGUGGGGAAGUCUAAAUCCGCUAUCCCUUUAAAAUCCCAAAAAAAAUCUGUUGGUAAGACCUCGAAACAAUGUGCCAUGAAUAAGGAUAGCUGUUUAUUGAUUCGCUAUCGCCACCGAAAACUUCCGAGCCGUGACGAGAUCCGUUUGCUGCACCCAAAUAUAAUUGAUGUACGAACUCCAAGACAGAAGACUGCAAAGUUUUGCCAAUUAGAAUUUGAAAGCAAAGAGGCAGCUAUCGAUGCCCUGAGGAAAUUAAGGAAAACACAAACAGAAGAAUUAGCACUUAUCCAGUACCUUGGGAAGAAGACACCAAAUAAGCCUUCAACUGCGCUAGCCUCCACAAAAAGUAGUGUAGAAGAAAAUCAAUCAGAAAACAAUACUUCUGAUGAUGACUGUGAAGAGGAAACUUCAAUUACAGCCGAAGAAGUCUUAGAGAACUCUGAAGACAUUCAGCCAUGCCCAUGUCUCUAUGUUAGUGGCUUGCCAGAUAUUGCUGUUACAGAAAUUAUCAAGAGUCUCUUCCCAACAAACACUAAAAUAGAAAUUGGUGACAAAAAUUCAAGGGAAAGAGAUAUGCACUAGUUCACUUUGGGUCAACCGAAGACGCUGUGCGAGUUAUGGAAGCAUCGAAAGACGUGAGCGUCAACGGAGAAAGGUUAAUGGUCAAAUUCCACAAAUGAAAUUGUGCGUCUGCUGAGAGAAUGUCUUGCUUUUUCCCGUCAUUCUUGGAAUACACUUAAACUGCAUAA